AUGGCGUCCAAGGAGAGCCAGAUGACCGCCACGCUCCUGACCUCCAUCCUGGCAGCUGUGUUCGGAUCCCUCCAGAUCGGCUACCACACAGGCAAUGUCAACGCCCCAGCCAGGAUCAUCGAGGAGUUCUUCAACCACACCUGGUGGUCCAGACAUAAUCAGUCGAUGCCAGAUCACAGCCUGACCUUCCUGUGGUCCCUCUCCGUCAGCAUCAAGGACUUUGGAGCCCUGCUGGGGUCACUAGGGGUCAAGUGUCUGGCUGACACCUUCGGCAGGCGUAACUCCAUCCUGAUAGUGAAUGCCUUGUCGGUGGUGGGAGCCUGUCUGAUGUUUGCCUCUAAGGCCAAUGAGUCAUUUGAGAUGCUGAUCGUUGGCCGGCUGGUGUUCGGUCUGUUCUGUGGCCUUGUGAUGAGUCUCAACCCUCUCUACAUCCAGGAAGUCUCCCCCACCAACCUCAGAGGGGCCUUCGCUACCCUCAACCAGGUCUCUUUCGCUACGGGCAUACUCCUGGGCAUGGUAGCUGGUCUUGAAACAGUGCUGGGGACAAAAGAGCUGUGGGCUAUGAUGUUAUCCCUGUCUCUGAUACCUGCCCUGCUACAGUACCUGGCCCUCCCCUUCUGCCCUGAGAGCCCCAGAUACCUCCUCAUCAACCGGGGCCAGGAGAGCCAGGCAGAGACUGCCCUGUGGCGUCUGAGAGGCCUGUCAGACGAGGUGUUCACGGAGCUGGAGGAGAUGAAGCAGGAGGCGGCUCACACCCAAUCAGCCCUCACCGUCAAGGAGUUCUUCACGAAACGCUCCUACCGACAGCCAAUCAUCAUCGUCCUCAUCGUUAACCUGGGCUCCCAGCUCGCAGGCUUCAACGCGAUCAUCAAUUAUUCCACCAAGAUGUUUGACAAGGCUAACUUUGACGAAGCCAAGUAUCUAACCCUGGGGGUGGGGGCCGUGAAUGUGGCCUUCACUCUGGUGGCGUUCUUCCUGAUGGAGAGGGCGGGGCGUAGGAAACUGCUGUUGACUGGCUUCCUGUGUCUAGCUGUGUGCAACCUCUCCAUGACCGUCAUAGACUCAGUCCUGUUCCUUGUCCCAGAGCUGCGUAACCUGCAGGUGUUGGUCGUGUUCUUCCUGAUCUCAGCCUAUGAGGUGGGACCUGGCCCUAUUUCCUGGUUCAUCGCUGCAGAGCUGUUUGACCAGCCAGCCAGACCAAUCGCCAUGGCCUUCACCAGCAUGCUCAACUGGGGAGGGAAGUUCAUGCUGGCCCUGCUCUUCCCUCCACUACUGAAACUGUGUGGUGCUUACGUGUAUCUCCUCUUCACGACCGUGGCUCUGACAGCCUUCAGCUUCACUUGGAGACGCCUACCUGAGACCAAGGGACGCACCUUCGAUGACAUCGCCGCCGAGUUCCGAGAGUCCGAGGGCAUCCCCCUGCACAAUAAGACUGGUUUCAACACCUUCCCCUGACCUGAACGUCCUGGCCCCUCUCACCUUCCCCUGACCUGAACGUCCUGGCCCCUCUCACCUUCCCCUGACCUGAACGUCCUGGCCCCUCUCACCUUACCCCUGACCUGAACGUCCUGGCCCCUCUCACCUUACCCCUGACCCCCCCCUGGAGGUCGGAAGUUGUACUGGGGGUCACGGAGG